GAUCUUGUUGUGACUCAGAAACCUUUGGUGGAGAAGUCGCUGAACAGCUACUUCGCCGGCCUCGACCCGAUCGUGCGUCCGGUCAAGGAGCUGUUUGGCAAGAUGAGUGAGAUUCGUCACUCGCUCAACCUGCCGAACUUGGGCACUGUCGAGAAGAUGCAGAAUGAGGUCAAAACGGGCAAGAACUCUUACAACUUUGGUGCUGUAUACGGUGACGAAAACCGCUUCUACCAGGCCGGCCUGGACGAUGCCGGCAAUGUCACGAUGCGCCUGAACCGCCGCUGGCUUCCGGGCCAUAUCUCCAAGGUGCAGGCCCAGCUCGCCCCGCUGGGUGGCCAGUCGUUUGUGCAGCUGGAGCACGACUUCCAGGGUGCCGACUACAGCGUGAACUUUAAGGCACUGAACCCGUCGCCGACGGACCUCACUGGUAUUUACGUGGCCAACUACCUGCAGACGCUCACGCCCCGCUUUGCUCUUGGUGCUGAGGCUAUCUACCAGCACCCCAGUGCGGAGAUCGAGGAGGCCAGCCUGGGCUACAUGGCCAAGUGGGUCGGCCCCAAGAAUGACUGGAUUGCCACGGCACAGUGGCAGCCGCAGGGCGUAGGUCAACUGACCUACUGGCACCAGCUGAGCGAGCAAGUCGAUGUGGCCGGUGACUUGCAGAUGAUCCUGAUGCCGCAGCGCCGCGAUGCGCAGGCUUCGCUGGCUGCGCGGUACUCGUUCCGCAUGGCGUCACUGCGUGCCCAGAUCGAUAGCCUGGGUAAGCUGACGUCCGUGUACGAGGCGCGCAUCUCGCCCGCCUUUGCUUUCACCUUCAGUGGUGAGAUUGACCACCUGAGCGGUGGUGCCAAAGUCGGUCUGGGUGUCUCAAUCGAGAGUGGUGCCGAGCCUAUCGAUCCCAUGUCGCCGCCGCCCAUCCCCCCGAGCGUGCCUAUGUAG